UUUGUCACGCUAUGUAGUGAUCGUCUUUUAUUAAUUUAUUUUGUAAGUAUGGUGGUCGAUGUUUCCGGUUGAUAACGGUGAUUUCUAACAUUUUGAAGAUCACUUGAGAAGUUUGGAAAUAUCAGGCACCUUUUUCCUUUUUUUUUUACAGAACUACAGGAUCAGCCUUGAUCUUUUCACAGCAGACAGAGAAUUUUCAUGCCAUAGCUUCGAAGGGGCUCCGGUGCCCCUGAAACGGAGGGUCUUUCAGUACUCACCACCAGAUGGGAUAGCCUCCAAGCACCGGCGAGCUGGACAACCACACACACAUGAAAUAUCCAAUCAGAGCUCCAUCGUGCGGUACGCCGAACGCUUCCGCGAUGAACGUGGGGACGGCGCACAGCGAGGUGAACCCCAACACGCGAGUGAUGAACAGCAGGGGGAUGUGGCUGUCGUACAUCCUGGGGAUCGGCCUCCUCCACAUCAUCCUGCUCAGCAUCCCUUUCGUCAGCGUCCCCGUGGUCUGGACCCUCACCAACCUCAUCCACAACCUGUGCAUGUACCUCCUGCUUCACACGGUCAAAGGGACCCCCUUUGAGACCCCGGACCAGGGUAAGGCUCGCCUCCUGACCCACUGGGAGCAGAUGGACUACGGCGUUCAGUUCACCGCAUCGCGCAAGUUCCUCACCAUCACCCCUAUUGUUCUGUAUAUUUUAACCAGCUUCUACACCAAAUAUGACAGAGUCCAUUUUGUGGUCAACACGGUUUCUCUGCUCACCGUACUCAUCCCCAAACUGCCCCAGCUGCACGGCGUGAGGCUCUUCGGGAUUAAUAAGUACUGACAAGACGGAUAAAAAAAAGCAAAGCAGGAGGUCUAACGCUCCCGUGGACUGCUGGGAGCUCACAGAGAUUUGGGCCUCAGGAGGACUCGUUGUGGCCCCUCGGUGRCUCCAAAAGGAAGUCCAGCGAGGACACUGCCAUGGUACCAAAACAAAAAGACUCAAAGGAGAGAGCACAAAGGGAAAUGUUGUGACAAAGAGUCAAGUUUUUAUUUUUUUUUCUGGCAGGAUUCACUUUAAGGAAAAUGUUGCAGAAGUACAGCGAGUCAUUUCACCACACUGGCACUAAACGCUAUCGGAGUCGUUUGUGUGCAGCGAUACACUGCUGUGUUUCUUCAGCUUCACCCUCGCCUGUAGCCUCCUCCCUCCUGAGGUCUGUGGGAUCAGAGGAGUGUGACGCUGCGGGGGCGAGACACGAGAAACCACCGGGUUUUAUAUUUAACCUGCUCUGCUCYGGGUCAGGAUAGGGAAGUUAAGCAACUCUUUAUUUUUAUCUGACCUUCUCCAGAUUUGGACAGCUCUUGUCCCGGUCGGCAGAAGCGUCUGGCCUCUUGUGCAGACAGGUUUGAGCAAGACCACCCCGGCUGUUUAAAUGACCCAACAGUCCUGCAGUUUCAGUGAAAACUUCAGUGGUUCGGUCCUGAAAAUGCACACAGGGACCACACGAACCGAUAGAGCAGACCUCACUCCAUUUAUAUUAGAGAUGCACUGAUAGCAGUUUCUUUACAUUAACCGGUUAAUUACAUAAAUCAUGGAGGCAGAGAUGUUGCCGUUCUAAAAGGUUUCAUUAGAGAGUGUCAAUGCUGUGGCGCGUUWAUUCAUCAAAUAACCAUAACUUUAUUCUUUCACCCUCAAAAAUAAAAACAUGUUCAGAGCA